AGGAGAGGGCAUGAGAUAAACCGUGGUAGAUUCAGAGGCAGACAUUGGAUUGGCAUGGCUGUGUGCAGCUCUGAGCUACAACCUGCAUCCACGAGGCUCCUGCCUGGACGUUUGGAUUCUUUCUCACUCAGCCUCGACACGAAGCUGGACAGCUUAACGCCGCGCCGGGCUUUGUUUUUACAGCAUGUUGCAGGGCAUUGGGAGAUAGAGAAGGAAUAACAAAGGGGGUGGGGGGGACAGCCUUACUCCACACUUGAGCGAUGUACCGCGAGCUUCUCUCUCUCUCUUUUCAGACCAUCAGGCAUUUCCACACAGAGACCUGGGACUAAUGGAGGGAUGCAACGAUGUUACUCUUUGCUUGUCAUGCUUGAAUCACAGUCUCUUAUAUCCUUUUGUGUCAGAGACCUUAUUGUCUUUGUCUGUCACUGCCGCCGGAUCAACUGUGGGGUAGUGUGGCGGACAGAGCCUCCUCCUCAACCCCCCUCUCCCUUGUCUGUGCCCCCGACUUCUCUUGACUCCCAAUUUGCUCGUGUGUAUUCACCUCUUCUAAGCUUCCCUCCCCUCUCUGCCAAGCUCGGUCUCUCUUGCUCCCCCGCUGCAUACGGCGUACUAUCUCCCUCUCUUUGUUCAUUCAAAGCAGGCAGGCUGCUAUUCUACCCCGGCGGCUUGCUACAUGAUCUCCUGGAAAACAUUUUUUUGCCGCUGCUCCGCUGUCUCACAGUUCCCGAGCCCGUCCAGAAAUCCAUCUCUGUAAUGACAGGGAUGUUCCUCCAGCAGGACUGAGCCCCUCCACCCCCUUCACUUACCCCCUUCCCCUUCCUUGCCCCAGUCUCCUGCCCCCUGACCCCUCGUCCUCUUGUUCUAAACCUGCACCCAUUCUCUUCCGUCUGCCCUCACCCCAAGCCUCUUUCUCCUGUAACUCAUUUCACCCCCUUGACCAUGUUGCCAUGUGUCUGCUGGCUUCAGCUUAUCCUCAUCUUGCUGUCCUCUGUCUUAUGGACCCGGGGGGAAAACUGUCCAGUGACCUGCUUGUGUCCAGAUCCUCACACUGUGGACUGCAGCGGCCGCGGACUGACCCGUCUCCCCGAUGAGAUCCCUCUGGAUGUCCGAAGGCUUUUGCUGGCCGACAACUGGAUACCCCGCAUCCCUUCGGACUUCCUGGUUCUGUACAGUGACUUGGUCUACUUGGACCUGCGGAACAACUCCCUCUCUCACAUAGAGCCGGGGACCCUCAGCACCUCUUCCAGGCUGGUCUUCCUGGACCUGGGCAGCAACAACCUGACCGAAAUCCCCAAGGGGACUUUUGGGGAGUCCCGGAGCUUGAUCAAACUACGACUGGGAAACAACCCAUAUCUGAGCAUGGUGAACGAGGACGCUUUCCUGGGCCUCACCUCGUUGAGAGAACUAGAACUGGAGCGUAAUGCGCUGUCCACCCUGAAGGUGGGGGCACUAAGUCAGUUGCCCUCCUUGCGGGUGGUGAGACUAGAGGGCAACCCCUGGCUGUGCAAUUGCAACUUUGCCAACCUGUUCACAUGGCUGAUGGAGAACAGUCACAAGCUUCCAAAUGGGGUGGAAGGCAUGGAGUGCUCCCUCCCCAUGGACGGCAGGCGCGUGUCGCUGGCCCAGCUCUCGAAGGACAGCUUUCGGGAGUGCCAGGCCACGCUGACUCUAACCGACCUGCUCAUCAUCAUCUUCUCCGGGAUCUCGGUGUCCGUGGUGGCCAUUAUGACCAGCUUCUUCCUGGCUUCUACUGUUCAUUGCUUCCAGCGCUGGAGUAAAGGCACCAAAGGAGACGAGGAGGAGAGUGAGGAGUGAGGAGGAUUCAUGGCGUGAGGGCCGGCUGCGGUCCUGGUACUUCAGACGACGACAGGACGCCGGAGGCAGCGCGCGCUCAGCGCUGUCGCCUUCCUGGUGAAAAGCCAGAACUGCUUGACAUGUUCGCCCCGGUACGGUUGCAGUUGUUCUUUUUGCACAUGGACAUCUGAAAUAAGGUAAUAAAGACAUUCCCACGGAAUGAAUCCCAUUAAAGGUUAGAGAGUGUGCUACUCCACUUGCAAAAUGUCACUAUAGAGAUCAUAUUUUUGACUGUGAGCGUCAUUUACGGCUACUGAGUCUGAGCUCCGUGACACAGGCCGACACUUACACACCUUUAUAUCGAAAAGUAAUAGAACACGGUGUUACUGCAGUUCUGUCACAUUAGUCUUAGAAGAAAAUAAAAUCUGCUCAUGUUGGAUUUUUGACUCUGGAAUUUGAAAUCCUGUGAAACGCCAUCAAACAAAAAAAGAUUUCAACACCCUAUGAACCCGUGAAGUUAUACCGACCAGUGACCUCAGUAUUUAACUGCCUACGACGUGUUUUGCUGGCAUGUCCAGCGAUACACUGUCUCUUUUAGAAAAGCCUCACUAACACUGCUGCAAAGUUGUUGGCAAGCACUGAAGAAGGCAAACACAGUUUUCCCUUCUGCAUGUAGAAUUACACAACGGCAGGCAGGUCAGAUGAAUCCAGAAUGAGCAGAGAUGCACUGCAGGCACAGAGGCUUUCCAGUGGGUCCACACAUUGUUUCAGCCAUAUAUCCAAUAUAUAACCACACGUAUAUGUACGAAAUAAACAGUGUACAGUCAAACAAACCUAGAAACCCAGAGGAUAUAUUGUAUAUUCCUUAGAUUGAAAACUGUGAUCUGUUUAGAGAGAAUUUCAUAAAAAUAUCUAUCGUAUAAUCCUGAAAAUUACGGCGAACACAAUAUUAAAAUAGAACAUAUAUAGAAUUAUUGUGUCAAAUAUUGCACUUUGAUAGAAUGGUGACGCUAAUAUCGGCACACACCCCCAGAUCGACGAAACCUUUGUAGACUGGUACCGUCGUCAUCUGCCAAAGAUUAGGUUCAGGUGGAGGAGCGAUCGCUCGUAGGGAAUUAACUGUGGAUGAAGAGUCACUUCGUGAGGUGGGGACAGCUCCUUAACAAAAGCCAAAUCACACUCGGUCUUCUCAUACUGUACUCGAAUAAGAUUGCUCUCCAAAGAUACACAUCUCUCCUCGUCUGUCUGCGACUGAAGUAGCCGUUUUGCUCAGCUUCCCACGGUAGUUCUUCACACACUAUUUCAACAGAUCAGAGGAAGUUUACACCGUGAAGGUGGCGACCAAAAGCAAAUGAUCUGCUGUCUUUACGACAUCUGUCAGCGCGUUGCCUCUUUACUGAUGUGAGAUUCAAUGAAGUCUCAUUAAAAUCAUUCAUGAUCUUUAGUGUAGUGACAGUGCAGUCUAAACUUCAUAAAUCAAUGCACUGAACAUUGUGGCUACGUCUUUGUUAUUUGCAUUCUGUAUUUUCUUUUUUUUUUUUUUUUUAAUUGACCCAGAUGAAGAUUUUGAAUGCUUAAAACAAAACUGGACGAGUUAAGGUGUGUUGUAUUGCUUCCCCUCGCUCGUGUAAAGGCUUGGAUAAUUCAACAGAACUGGGAUACGAAGCGAAAAGAAUGUCAAACACUCAAUGCAAACAAGUGGAAACCAGAAAAAGAGCCAUGAGCAAACGGAGCCAUCGUUUCUGUGCAGUGAAAAGAGAGUGGUUCAGGAUGUUUCCGUCCCUUUAGACCAAGUCAUAACUCUGAAUGUGCGGCGAUCUCAAGCACAUUUUGUGGAAAUGACAAAAGGAAAAAUUUAAAUGUGGCCUUAUUUGCUUGUGUUAUUCCUCCUUUGUAUCGUCAUCUAUGAAAGCACAAAUAUUUAGCAGGUAAUUAAUGUGCACACUUGUGAUGGGUGUGCUUCACGCUGUAUGUUGGUAACAAGCUGUACUGUCAUGCUGUGCUUCAUCCAUGUGUGACGUUACAUGUUGUGUUGAAAACGGCACAUCCAGAUGGGAAGUGUAAGAUCUCCAGUGUACGGUCGUUGUGUAUUUGGCAGAAUUGAAGCGAUGAGGAAACCCUGCAGACACGUGACCCCUGGGAGAGAAUAUCUGCCGACCUUUGAAACAUCCUCUGUUGGACUGUCUGAGCAGGAUUCAUCGUGUGAGCCGUCAAGCUCUGUAUUUAUCCACAUGAAGGUUGGACACCAAUUAGAAAUCAGAGAGAAAACUAUUUUAAAAAGUUAUUUUCAUGUGUUUUUAAGCCAUUUUAUUGAUAUACUAUUCAUUCAAAGAAAAAUGUUAUGAUUUGAGAUUUUCACUGAACAAAAUGUGCUUCCUGCGAUGAAGAUUUGGACGGUUCACUGGGACUCAGCAUACUCUGGCUUCGGAUGUCACUCAUUAACAUUUUUUAAUCAUUUUCGAACCACUCAAAGAAAAAUCAGGUGAUGGGUCAAAUAAUCAUGAGUUGCAGCCGAGCACUAGGAACAUUUCUCAGGAGUUCAGGGGGUAUUUUUUCAAAAAACGAAACAAAAUCGGUGUAGAAGUUCAAACACAUUUAAGACCACGAGAACAUCUCAGUGGAACCAAAAAAAAAAAAAAAAGACAACAAACCUGAACUUAAAGUGACGACAGCACUUCAGUCCAGAGAAGUCAAAACUCCAGCACUUCCUGCCAAACCUCAGUUACUAUAGUUGCCAAAUCAGUUGUUUUCUUGAGAUUAAUGACUUUGGAAAACAAGAAGCGGACUGUGAGGAGCGAUUCAGACGAGCUGUUUAACUGUAGGAACCUUCGGUUUUAUGUUACAAUGUGUGAUUUUAACUAUUAAUGUCGGGGACCCAGGGUGGGACUUGAGGUGAAAGCAGAAGCAGGGAUUUAUUUGAUGAGUAGAUUUAAACAUGAUUCGAGUGGAAAAAGACAAAAGUAUAGUCGUAACAAGACAGGAUUUAAAAUAUGUGUUUAAUUUCCAGAAUUUUCAAAUUGUCAAAAAAGUAAUGCAAACAGAAAAGUAAUACCGUGAAGCAUGUUCUGUUGUGCUUGUAGCAGACUUACGUUUGAGAUCAAAAUAAGUUAGCGGAGGGUAUCUGGCAUCCAAGGAGCAGAUCAUCAUGUACUCACAAAUAAAAGCACGGGCUUUCAUCAGAGCUUCAUAGUAAAAACAAAAUAACCUCUCAUUGUUCCAUAAUUCACAACUCGAAUAUCUAAAACACUGUCUUCAGAUCAUAUUUUUUGAAGGUUUUCCCACCACUAGAUGCAAAAGGGUAUUUUGGAUUUUUAUCAUGUUAUUUAUUUUACGAGAACCGAGGAAAACAGUGAUGCUAUGAGAUGAUUACGUUGCGUAUUGUGUUACUUCUGUAAUUGCUGCAAACUAUGAAAGAAAAACGGAUUUGUCGGAUCCAGCAGCAGUGAGAGUAGAAGGCAGUGAAAGAGUAAGUCCAUAGAUCUGUUAAAAGACAGUCCUGGAGGGGGAUGCCACUGAAUUUUAUAUUCCGAGUCGGUUAUAGCUAUGUUUUAUGACAGCUUAGUCACAAUUAAUGAAUACCAUCUUGUGUUGGUCAUCGCCAGAAAGGAGGUGCCCACAGUUUUAUGUUCACAUGGUUUGAAUGAGAAUUUAAGGAGACGUUGACAAAUGGAAACGAUCUACUUUUAAAAUCCAGACAGGUUUCACUCGUGUUUCAAGAGAGGUCCAAGUCAUCAUAUUCUAAGAACAAAUCUAUGGAUUUUUCUUCUCGUUUACAAUCAACACCAAGACAGAAAAUGACACUAAUUAAAUUAUUUUAUUUAUUUUCCUUUGAGUUUUAAUGAGCUUCUGUUUAAUCUGAUAACUGAAGGUACAUAUCUGAGUCAGCGGAUCAGAUGGAGAGUUUUUAUACACGUCAUUAUCGCCUCCAACUACUGUGUAGUUACUGUACAUUAACAGAUUAUUAUGUUAGCUUAGCUGUCAGCUUGAAGCAUAUGUUAGCAUGACAAUUUCCUUUCUCUUUACUCAUUUUAUUAAGUACUAUCAGCACAUUAGAGCAUGCACUGUUGAGUUACCUACAGUAUAAAGUUCAGAUUUAUGUCUAUUUUUCUAUUACACCUUUCAGAAUGAAGCAUUUCUUUACAAUCGUCAGCUCCUAAAAUAAAAUUUCUGGCAUCGUGCAACCCUGAGAGCAGAGGCAGUGGCUGACUACUUUCAUGCAGUUUGUCUUGAUAUUGCUUUAGAAAAACCAAAACUCAUGUUAUGUUUUGUCGGAUAAAUGUCAGAAUGGCUCAAAUCUGAUUCGAGUGAUGGAAGAGAGUGUGACGAUGUUGCUGCCGCUGAAUGCAUUUCCAAAUGUCAAGCAGACACUGUCUAACAGACCUUAUGUGUAGCUGUAUGUUGAUGUUUGGUUAAAAAAAAAAAUAUGAAUAAAAUCCUUUUUUUCUGUC